GUUAUUUCACUCCAUUGGUUCCAGCAACCCCCGUUCUCCCAUUACCAUUACCAUUACCAUUACAACCUUCAUAUCAGUCAUUCCACCCUUGGAUCGGUAGGUGGUUCAUUGCUCUGCCUCAACCCAACUGGCCUUUGCUUCCAAGUUCCAACCAACGGUUCAUUUAUAUUAUUCUUUUCUUCUUGUAUACUUUCCCUGGGAUUCUUUGGAAUCGUAUCAUCUGGUAACCUUUUUCUUCUCUUUCUCUUAUGGUGGUUUUUGGAUUUAUAAAAACAUAGCGUUUAGGCUUUUAGAUUCAUUUGUGUUUUGGUGCUGUGGAGAUGCAUGGGGUGUUGAUAUUUUGAGUGUAGGCAAAGUUCAUAAUAUUGAUGUUGGGAUCCUUGGGGGCGUUUUCCAUCCAUUUCCACCAAAAUUGCAGGGAGGGUUUUGCUUCAAAUGAAAAGGCCUUAAUAUGCAUUCUUAGUAUUAGUAUUCUUCACCUCCUCCUUGUACUUUCUCUUGGAUUCUAGUGGUUCUCUCUUUCAUAUCAGUUGUGCUUUGAAACAUUCAAAGCAGAUUGGGAUCAGUGAGAAAAUGGGAGGAGAUAUCAACCAGAAGCUGCUAACAGAGACUACUAAGAACGAAGAGGAAGAAGUGCUAUUUAAAGAAAGAUUAUGGACCGAGAUGAAGAAAUUGUGGAUUGUGGCUGGUCCUGCAAUUUUCACCCGGUUUUCAACCUUUGGUGUCACUGUAAUCAGUCAAGCUUUUGUUGGUCAUCUUGGUCCUACUGAACUUGCUGCCUUUUCCCUUUGUUUCACUGUCCUUUUGAGGUUUGGCAAUGGCGUUCUGCUUGGUAUGGCCAGUGCAUUGGAAACACUGUGUGGUCAAGCAUUUGGAGCAAAACAAUACCAUAUGCUUGGGAUAUACCUUCAAAGAUCAUGGAUAGUUUUGUUUGCAACUGCCCUCUGUCUCCUUCCUAUAUAUAUCUUCACUACCCCAAUUCUGAUAGCUUUAGGCCAGGAUAAAAUUAUAGCAACGGUGGCAGGAUAUAUCAGUUAUUGGUUCAUCGGGAUCGUGUUUUCGUUCAUUGUAUCCUUCACUUGCCAGAUGUUCCUGCAAGCACAGAGCAAGAAUAUGAUUAUUGCAUACUUAGCUGCAUUCUCUAUUGGAAUCCACAUCUGUCUUUCAUGGCUUUUGACUGUGAAACUCAAGUACGGCCUUUCCGGGGCUUUACUAUCAACGAUUUUGGCCUAUUGGAUACCAAAUAUAGGUCAGCUUUUGUUUGUUACAUGUGGAGGUUGUAAAGAUACAUGGAAGGGUUUCUCAAUGUUAGCUUUCAAAGAUCUAAUGCCUGUUGUAAAGCUAUCUUUGUCAUCUGGUGCUAUGCUUUGUCUUGAGCUUUGGUACAACACAAUCUUGGUUCUUCUAACUGGAAACUUGAAAAAUGCUCAGGUUGCAAUUGAUGCUCUUGCCAUUUGUCUCAAUAUUAAUGGAUGGGAAAUGAUGAUAUCGCUAGGUUUCUUGGCUGCAGCAAGUGUUAGGGUGUCGAAUGAGCUUGGAAGAGGAAGCUCCAAAGGUGCCAAGUUCUCAAUUAUGACCACAACGCUUACAUCAUUUUGCAUUGGAUGUGUGCUAUUUGUGCUCUUCUUAUUUCUUAGGGGACGUUUAGCAUACAUAUUCACAGAAAGUGAAGAAGUGGCUAACGCAGUUGCGGAUUUGUCUCCAUUGUUGGCUUGCUCCAUACUUCUAAACAGUGUUCAACCUGUCCUCUCUGGAGUUGCUGUUGGCGCUGGAUGGCAAAGCAUUGUAGCAUGGGUUAACAUUGCUUCCUACUAUUUAGUUGGCAUUCCAAUUGGUGUUGUUCUCGGAUACGUAUUCAAAAUGGAAGUCAAGGGUGUUUGGGUUGGCAUGUUGCUGGGAACACUUCUUCAAACUGUUACACUUAUUAUUAUCACCUGGAAAACUGAUUGGGAUAAGCAGGUUCUCUUGGCUCGUUCACGAGUUAAUAAGUGGUUUGUACCAGAAUCCCGGGAAACAAACGGCAACCAAGAAAAUGGUGCUUGAAGGGGUCAAUCUUGUUAUUCUUCCUAAUGGACUUAUAUUUUUUUGUUGCUAUAUAUCAUUUCUUGAAACCAUCGGCGCAUCUGCGUUAGGAUUUUGAUUUCCCAUGAUUUUUAAGAAAAGUUUUGGUGCCA